CGAAAUCUAAUCGAUAGCUCGAACGGAAGACAAAUCAAUGAAAUCAACCGAACGGGUCAAAUCGAGUCAAAAUACGAAAUCGACCAAUCAAUCCGGCGUGGAGGUUAAUCUGCCAGCGAUAUCAACUCGGGGCAGCGGCCGGAUGCGGCGACGGUGACGGACACCGGCGACAGUGGCGGAGCGGCAGUUCGACGGCGAUGAGCAGCGACUGGCGGUGCUGCAAUCGACGGCGGCGCUGCACUCGACGGCAGCGGAUGGCCGCUGUGCAAAGGGCGACGGCGGCGCUCGUUUCCGGCGAAGGCGAAGCAGCAGCUGGAAGCUCGGCGACGGCGGCUGGAGACUCGGCGACGCUGAGCGGCGGCUACUGGCGAAGGAAACAGCGGCGGCGCUGCAACUCGGCGGCGCUGCAAUCGACGACGGCAAUGAGCGGCGACGCCGGCGGCUGGCUGCUCCAGUUGGACGGCGACGACCGGCGGCUGGCUCACGGCGGCGCUGCACCAAUCGGCGAUGAUGGCGGCGAGGCUGGGGAAGGCGAUUGGCUGCGGCGAUGAUGGCGGCGAGGCUGGGGAAGGCGACGGCGGCUCCAAUUGGACGGCGAACGACCGGCUGGGGAACUUCC